GCAUUUACAAACCACGAGACGAAUAUGAAGGCAACGGGCCCCGUCGUCGUGCUGGACGCUGCCAACAUUGCGACCCUCGUGCGCGGCACGGUGCGCAUCGAUCGCCUCCAGAGUGCAUUGGAUCACUUUGACGCGCUCGGCGUGCGCGUCAUCGCGUUUGCGCCCGGCUAUUGGCUUCGGUCCAAGACGUCGACGCCGCGGACGCGACAGUGCUCUCCUGAGAUGGAAAACGACCAGCGGGCCGAGAUGGCGCUGGUCCAGGCGCUCGUGGAAGCCGAGAAGAUCGUGUUGACACCGCCCCAAGCCCACGACGACUUUUUCAUGAUCGAUUAUGCCAUGAAGCACAACGGGUAUGUGGUCACAAACGACAUGUUUCGCGACCACGUGGCCAAGAAGAUGCAAUUCCACGGCCGCGAGCUCACCGAGGCGUGGAUUCGAAGCAACUGCAUCACAUUCACCUUUGUCGGGACCGAAUUUCUACCCAGUGCCGAGCAUACGCAGCGUUUGGGGGCGAACACACCACGGGCCCCGCAGCUGCUUAACUCGACCAAUGGCAGCAACAACAACAAAACCAACGCUGUGCCCAAACCUAUGGUCGCCAAGGAGCCAAGAAUUUCCAACAACCGUGCUCACAAGGUCGCACUUCGUGUCGACACGGCGCCCUCGACCAAGGCGGCGGCGGCCCCCGAGGAAGACAGUGAUACAACCACCGAGCCGUUGCGACGCCCCAAGCCCCGGCCUGCCUCGGCGUCGACCCGCAAGCGAGGCAAGGCGCCAACGCCUCGCAACCACGCGUCGCCGUAUGCAGCGGCUACGAACGUGUACAAGGCACUCGAAGACGACACGUCGUCGUCGUCAGCAAGCGACGACGAUAAAGGACGAGCGGCGACUUCAAUUCCCACUGAUGCUGAGACUUCGGGGUCGAAUACGCUCGUGCACGACUGGAUGAUGUUGCAGCAGAUGAUUGCGCAGCAUCAAGAAGUGUCGCCACCGCCGUCAAGUACGAGCGCGACGUCCAACACGGUGACGCCACUGCCGACACGUUCAACGCCCCGGGCGGCGACGAAGACCGGUGUUGUCUACCGCGCGCUUGAUUCGCAAGCCACCAACGACGAUGGAGUUAGCCCACGACCGACACGCCGCCGUCGGCCUCGGGGCCCCCUGGCCGCGUACUCGUGCCGGCGACAAGUGUGUAGCUCAUACAUCAAGACCAUAGCGACUAGAUAACGGACAAGGACCUAUAAUUUAUUUUGACGAUGUUGUACAUAGUUUAAUGGCAUUCAACUCGAC